AUGUUUGCACGCAACCUCCACCUCUCUUGCCUCCGUCUCAAAGCCAGAGCACCAUCCAACGCUCUUCGCACGCUACAAUUCCACGCCACCGCCCUCCCACACGCCCUCACCCCCGCCCAAACCGCCAUCGUAAAGUCCACCGCCCCCGUCCUGGCCAAGCACGGAGUUGCCAUCACCACGCAUUUCUACAAGCGCCUCCUCAAAAACCACCCCUCGCUCAAAAAUAUUUUCAACUCCGCCCACCAAGCGACCGGCGCACAGCCCGCGGCGCUCGCGCAUGCCGUAUGGGCCUACGCGUCGCAUAUCGACAACCUGGGGGCGUUGAGCGCCGCGGUGUCGCGGAUCGGGAACAAGCAUGCGAGUCUGGGCGUGCGGCCGGAGCAGUAUGCGGUUGUUGGGGAGGAGCUGUUAGUUUCAAUUAAGGAGGUGUUGGGGGACGCGGUGACGGAGGAUGUAAUGGAGGCGUGGCGGGCGGCGUAUGAGCAGCUUGCCGGGAUUUUCAUCACGUUCGAAGGGGAUCUGUACAAAAAGGCUGCGGAGAUGCCGGGCAGAUGGAACGGGUGGCGGAAGUUCGUGGUGAAGCGGAAAGUUCUAGAAAGCGAUGAGAUUGUCUCGUUUCAUCUCGCGCCGGCUGAUAAGGGCCUGCUGCCGACUUUUGCUCCGGGACAGUACAUCAGUGUGCGGUGCUUUGUGCCUGAGCUUGGGGUCUACCAGCCUCGCCAGUACAGUCUCUCCGAUACGCCGCACGGGGAACAUUUCCGCAUCUCGGUCAAACGCGAAUUCGCCACCGACACCAGACCCGCUGGCAAGAUAUCCAACGUAUUACACGAACACCUCCCCGAGAACGCGGAAGUGGACGUCAGCAUGCCCUACGGCGAUUUCACACUCGAUGUAAACGCGAAGACACCCGUCGUGCUUAUGAGCGGCGGCGUGGGACUCACGCCGAUGAUGUCGAUGCUACACACAGUUGUGGCGAACGGCAAAGAGCGGCCUGUAGUGUUUGUGCAUGCGGUGCGGAAUCGCCAUGUCCACGCCAUGAAGGAUCAUUUGAACAGAGUCGUCUCGGAGAAUCCCCAAGUUAGUAAGAUUGUAUAUUACGAGGAAGUCGGCAGAGAUGACGUGCAGGGUGUGGAUUAUGAUACUGUGGGUAGGAUUGAUGUGAGGAGGAUCAGUGAGAAGGUGGUGUUGCCGGAUGCGGACUAUUAUCUCUGCGGGCCUGUACCGUUCAUGAAUGCGCAGAGGAAGGCGUUGGAAGAGAUUGGAGUGCAUCCUGAGCGGAUUCAUUCGGAGGUGUUUGGUUCCGCGGCG